AUGCCGAACAAGGGACCAAGAUGUGGGAACCCACUAAUCUCUCAGUUAAUCAACGAACGUGCUUCUCAGAAGGGGAGUGGAUGCCCAUUGAAGGGAUAUUCCUUAAACAAUUCAUACUAUGGGCAGUGUCCAAUCGAUAGACCCAAAAAACGAUAUAAAUACAAACUACCAAGAGGAUGGUCAAGAUCCCACAUCCCAUAUCAAUACUUUCUGGCUUUGUAUAAGUUGUUCUUCCUCACAGUUAUUACAGAAGUAUUGCUAGAAACGACCGGCAAACCACACCCUCAAAGUAUUCAAGAAAUGUCCAAUUUAUUAAACAAGGUCAGCGAAAAGUUGCACGGUGACAGCCACGACCACGACAACGAGAGAGACAACCGUCGUCAAGGCGGCCAACAGGACCAACUGAGACAACAGGGUCAGAACUUCAACCAGCAGCAAGGUAUGGGUUCCCGCGGCGAUGACAGCUACAACGAUUCCCAACAACGCGGCGGGAACCGUUCCUGGGGUGUCAAUGACAAUGUCGACGACGAUGACAACAUGAACUUCGGCUCCACUGGUGCAGGCACCGGCAGAGGCGGUAACAUGGGUGGUCGCCAACAGCAACAACAGCGGGGCAACGUUGACUACGGUUUCAAAUCUCAAGGCGCCGGAGACACCUUCGGACGCGGCGACGAUUUGGGCGACUUGGGAGACGACGACAUCAACCAGGGUAUGGGCAACGACUUCAAUGACAACAGCAUCUUAUCGUCUGGGAACCAGUCUAGAACCAGAUCUGCUGGUAGAAAGGCCAAGGGAACCACAGAAUGGGACACCACUCAGCAGUACACUCGCGACCAAGAAUGGUGA